AUGGCAGAGCCGAUCAGUUUAGCGUCAGGACUAAUCACAUUUGUGGUGUUCGCGUUGAAAACCAGCACGUCGCUCUACGAGGCUGUUGACAGUUUCAAGACAUCUCAGAGGGCUAUUCGUGAGCUUAGGAGUGAGCUCAGCGGACUGCAAGCAGUCUUACUGUCUUUGCAAGAGGCGGCUUCCAACUCGACCGUGAAGCUGGAUGUUCUGCAGGUCCCAUUGCAACGAUGUGGCAAGGCUUGCCAGGAAUUUGAAGAGGUCAUUGCCAAAUGCACGGCACAUUCUGGCGGAUCGAGGGAGAGUUUUCGGGACUGGGCGAAGAUACGGUAUAUGGGAAAUACUAUUGAAGGGUUCAGACGGACGUUAGAAGUCUAUAAGUCCACAAUUACGAUUGCACUUGGAGACGCGAAUAUUCGCACAAGCGUUGUUACCGUCGAGGUCCUUCAGGAGUACAGACAGCUGAUUGAUGAUACUGUGUCGGAUCUGCGAGAUCAUCUCCAAGAAAUCAAUAACAAGCUGGAGAGUCUCACGUCUCAGGGCCCAAGUCUGUCCAUUGAGGAUUCCAACGAGGUCCAACGCAUCCAGGAGGAAAAAGAAAGCACCCAACAGUGUCUGCUUAUCUGUGCAGAUGUUGCCGCUCAUGUUGAUAAUACCCGACCGAAGGUACUUGAGAAUCUCUCCACUCCAGACGACGGCUACCAAAGCCUGAUGAACACGUCACGUGCUCAAGUUUCAGCUCGAGCGGCUACCGCCAAAACUCUCCAGGACUGCGGAAGAAUGCUGCACAGCACAACCUCCAAACUCGAGAAAUAUCUUCGAGAGAUCGAAAACCGACUCGAUACCAUGGAUUCUACAGCCAUCAGACCGUCACAACAUCAAAUCUCUGAGGAAGCAAGCAUAAGAGAAGAGCGAGACAGCAUCCAAAAAUGCAUUGAGAUUGUUGGCAACGCUUCUGAUCAAGCUGACCAAACACGCACGAACGAAUUCGAAGACAUCACCAUGGCUGAUGACGGCCAUCAAGUGAUUGUGUCUACACUCGGAGAUCUGAUAUCAGCCAGACGCAUCACGGUCGGAAAUCGAUCAAUACAAUGGCUUGGACAAAUGUCUGAUGAGUCACUCCAGAAGCUCUCAGGCGACCAUCGUCACUUUGUCCCCGAGAAAUUUGAGAGAGCACAAUCAGGAAUUGUUGCAGAGUUUGGGGAUCGGCAUGGGCCUGGACGCAAGCUUGAACCGGAUGCUCGAAGUGGAGCGAACCCUGUCACAGCCAAAGAACGCCUCACCUGA